AUGUUAUUACCACCUUGUUGGACAUUAUCAUCAAGAUCUAUUGAACAUCCAUCAUCAUUUCAUGAUAUAAUGUUAUCAACGGCGACAACAUCGAAUCAACAGCAACCAAAUUUUUGGUUUUCUGGUAAUCCUUUACCGUCAUUUUUUUCAUCGCCAUCAGUCAAUGGAGGAGGCGCAGAUAAAAAUCCUUAUAUGCAACAAACAGCGGCGAAUAAAAUUCUUUUUGAUACAAAUCCAUGUAGUUCGAAUUCAACGAGUUCACCGCCGCUAUCAAAUGAAUACCUUCUCACACGUUCAAAUCAAGCGGCUGCAGCAGCAUUAAAUCUAUCACAAUUUAAUUACAUUCAACAAAAUCAUCAUAAUCUAUCAUCGAACGGUUUUUUACCGCGAGAAGAUUGGUCACAAAUACCAAUGGCACAAACAGCAGCUUCUCCUACAUGGACUAAAGGUGCUCCAAUUGAUCAUUCUCAAGCAGCACAUUAUUCUGAUAUAGUUAAUGGUAAUGAAUCAAUAAAAGAUGCUAGACGUAAAAGUAGUCGACCAACAUUUACUGGCCAUCAAAUAUUCGCAUUAGAAAAAAUGUUUGAAAAUACAAAAUAUUUAGCUGGAACCGAACGAUCACGGCUUGCUUCUCAAUUAGCUAUGAGCGAAGCCCAAGUUAAAGUCUGGUUUCAAAAUAGACGUACAAAAUGGCGAAAAAAGCAUGCUCCUGAAGUUCACGGUGGGCCUGGCGGUAAAAGAACUAAACAACGAAAUGAUGGGUCAAUUCCUACUGUGGAAUCGGAUUCGAGUUUAACUUAA